ACCUUUUCAACUUCACAUGGAAACAUCGAGCUUUUGUUUACGAUUGAUAAUUUGACAGUCGUUGUGAAAUUUAGCAGUCUUCUGAGAUAUGGAAAAUAACUCGCUUAAGGAGCAACCCGUAGAAAACACAGAUGUCAAUCAGGACGAGUUGAUACUUCAACAACAGAGACGUAUCGAGAAGGAGAUUUCGGAAUCUAUAGCAUUAGUUGGCGAAAAGGAACCACUGAAAAGCUUAGAACAAGAAUAUGCGGAAGAUGAUGUAUAUCUUUCAAAGGCAAAAGCCUUGGCUCAAAAAUAUUCUUACAUUAGGAGAACUAGACCAGAUGGCAAUUGUUUCUUUAGAGCAUUUAGUUAUGCUUAUUUGGAGAAAUUAAUUGGGAACAAAGAUGAAUACGAUAAGUUUCGUGAUUUAGCUUUAAAAAGCAAGGAUAGCCUUGUAGCUUUAGGUUUUCCCCAAUUUACAGUUGAAGACUUUCAUGAUACGUUUAUGGAAGUUAUUGACAAAGUAGGUGGUGACACAGAGUCCAGUCAUAUGGAAUUACAUAAAUUGUUCAAUGAACAAGGUUAUUCUGAUUAUGUUGUUGUGUAUCUUAGAUUAAUUACAUCUGGUCAGUUACAGCGUGAUGCUGAUUUUUACCAACAUUUUAUUGAGGGGGAACGUACUAUUUCAGAAUUUUGCCAUCAGGAGGUCGAACCAAUGUAUAAGGAAUCUGACCAUAUUCACAUUAUAGCAAUGAGUAGUGCCCUAGGAACUGGUGUUAGAGUUCGUUACAUGGACAGAGGUGCAGGAACUGAAGUAACUGCCCAUGACUUUCCUGAAGGUGCUAUACCAGCUGUGCACUUAUUAUAUCGUCCUGGUCAUUAUGAUAUUCUUUAUCCUUGAUGAAUCUGACGUUACAUCGAUUUUUUAAAUAUGAUAUAAAACGAUUUCUAAAAUGGCCAGAUCUAAACUUUAACUCUAUUUUCAAAAAUA